AUGCAAGAGAUCACGUGAUGCAAGCUAGGUGUCUUAGCCACACCCACAGAGAAUGGAGCUACCUCAUAUUGGAAGACAUUGCAAUGUCAAGACUUGUUCUAAGCUUGACUUCCUACCUUUUGAAUGUGACUGUUGUCAUAAAAUAUUUUGUAUUGAUCAUAAAAAGUAUGAAGAUCACGGCUGCACUGAAUCAUACAUAAAAGAUGUACGUGUUCCUGUGUGUCCUUUGUGUUCGGUUCCUUUGGUUUUAAGAAAAGGGGAAGAUCCUAAUGUCAUAGUUGAUGAACACAUAAUGAAAGACUGUACUGAAAAGAAGAAUAAACUUUACACCAAUCGCUGCUCUUAUAUUGGCUGUAAGAAAAAGGAGUUGGUUCCUGUUAAUUGUUCAAAAUGUCGUCAAAACUUUUGUUUGAGGCACAGGCUGGAAGCAGACCACAACUGCAGAGGUGUUGUAAGUGGUACAUCACAUAAAGGAGGUAGUACAAGAAGUAAACCAGUUAUUAACACUGGUUCUACCGGUUCUACUAGUAAACCACAGCAAUCAUUAAUGAGUAGAAUUGGAGCUGAUCUUGACCGGGAGAGAAGGGAGAGGGUUAAAGAAAGUACUAGAAAUGUGUCAGAAAAAGAACAACUGGUUCAAGAUGAAGCUCUUGCUCGGGCUUUGUCUGAAGAUUUGAAUAAAACCCAAGACACUGAAGAUGAACAGUUAGCAAUGGCUAUUCAGCAAUCUCUGAAGGACACAAGAACAACAAAUAAAACAACAAAUGACAACAACAAUUGUGUAUUAUCAUAAACUGGUGCAAUUUUUAAUUAUCAUUAUUAUAAUUAUUGUUA